AUGGACUCUCUUCUGGUAAAUCGACAAGCUUCUCGUCACUUGCGAGACUCGGGCCAUCCAGAUCAGCUCACCACGAUCUCCGGGUUCAAUCCUAAUAUCUCGUUCUUCCCCGCCAAACGAGUCAAGGCGAUCAAUGAAAGACUGGGGCAUAGCCGACUAGACCAACUACUCGAGCAGAUCCGCGCGCUCGUUUCAACGAAGAUCAAAACCGCCUGUGCCAUUCCGCAGUCUUAUAUCCAGCGGCGGCACUCGUUAAGCCAGAGCCACGAAUUUCCUGAUAGGGCCAGCAUUCAAGCUCAUAUAGCCGCCUAUUUUGAAGCCGUCCACCCAGUCUACCCGUUUCUGUCUCCCGACACAUUCCGUCAGAAAGCCACGGCCGAGGACUUAUCCCAUUCGCUUGCUGCUGACCGCGCUUGGGCGGCAUUGUUCUACGCGAUUGUUGCCAUCGGGUGCCAGAAUAACGAGGGGGGCAGCUUUGAGGUUGGAGUGGGUGAGGCCUGGCAAUACUUCGAGCGGUCACUGUCGUAUUUUCCAGACUUGGUGUUCGGUCGCGGUUCGUUGACUGCCGUUCAGGCAAUCUUCUCAUCCACCGUGUCGGCCUUCCAAUUCGAACCCCUGAUGUUGUCAGAAGCCAGCAUGAUGGCACAAGCACUCGGCUACCAUCGCUCGAACGGGGUGCAAGAAACGGCUCACCGGCGCACAUUCUGGGUCCUUUACUAUCUUGAAAAGACUUCAUGCUUUGGCACGGCAAGGAACUCAGUCAUCGAUGACUCCAACAUCAGCUGUGCCAUUCCAGACGUGCUAGAGUCUGCCUUUGGGGACUACGACUGGUUCUUCUGUUUCAUCAAGUACGGCCGUCUAGUCUCAAAGGUUCAUCAGUCCCUCUUCAACGUCAGCGCCGUGAGCCAGCCCCUGCAGACAUAUAACGCCACCGUGAACAGUCUACGUUCGGAGCUAGAGACCUGGCGCCUUGCGAUCCCCUCUCGAUUCCGGCCGGGCGAGGUCCCGAAACCUCGUCUUCUGCGCGAGCCAUUGGCUUUGAAGAUUGCCUUACUCACGCACUAUCUGUACUUCCACGCUCUUCUCACUCUAUCGUGGACCAUCCUCCAUGUAGGGACUGCUCGCGUCGCGGCGUCGCAGCAGGACGUCUUGAAGCGCGAACUGUUGCGCACGGCGAGAAGUGUUCUAGAGUUAACAGCCUUCAUCGAGGUUGCGCCCUCGGCGCCUGUUUGGAUCCUGGCCGUCCUCCCGCUCUCCGCCCUCAUGAUCCUCUUCGACCUCGUCGUGCACAACCCCACUCACGCCGAAACCGGCCUCAGUCUCGCCCUCCUCGACAUGGCCGGUGGGCACUUCAGCCGCAUCGAGUACGCCAGCAAAGGGGCGCUUCCGGGCUCCCUGGUGGCUGAGUUCGCCCACCUCGCCCGGCAGUACGUGUCGGACGUCAGGAAUGGCAAGACGAAGACGGGCAGCGAGACUAUCCGCGCCCAAAGGCGCGUUGAGAAUACAGCAACCGCACCUGUCAUCACAGAGGAUGCGACUUUGGAGUCGACAGCCGCCCUGCGUGUCCCGGUUAGCAAUCCGUCAAUGGAUGCCGAUCGGCCCCGGAAGACCGAGCUCGAUCCGACGGCGCCCGUCCAGCCCUGGAGUCCGGCGUCGUUCGACCCCAUCUUCUUCCCGCUGCUCGAUGAUCCGAGCUAUGCGCUAAAUGAUGUGCAGUGGUUGGGGAUCGAUGUUAUGGGGCUUUUUGAUCAGCUGUAUUGA